AUCUCUAUUCAAAUAUGACACAAAGAAAUGUGUAUACUUUUUCUACUAUUUUUGACGUCAAUUUAUACGAUAUUGUGCUAUGAUAAAUUUAUAAAAUACGCUCAAUUUAAUUCAGUUCAUUCCUGAAGACAUUUUCAUGGAAUAAAUCAAAAGACUGAUGAGUUUAGUCACAGAUAAAUAUAGUUACUAGUGUAAGCAAGUAAUAGUAAAAAUAUGAGGGACUAAUAAAAUAAAAGUACCGCGUAAACAUAACUGUAUGUACGAAAAGUCCCCUAAAUACUGAGAACAUAGACAGACUGGAUCGCACAAAGGCGCAUCGACCGACAACGCACACAUGCACGGAGGACCGGGGACAGACGCGGGGACGGGGGAUUUUAGUCCGUGUCGAGCGCUCGGCAGUGACGUACCUAUUACAAUGUCUAUUGAAAUCGACAUUAACUUACUAAUAGAAGAAAUCAGAAAACGAGCCCCAAUAUAUGACACUUCCACAAAAGAGUACCAUGAUAGAAGUUUAAAGAAACAACUAUGGGACGAAGUAUGCCAAGAGGUUUUUUCUUCUGUUUGGGAUUCGUUAUCGGGUCGGGACAAAAUUAAAUAUGGAAAAGAAGUACAGAAGAGGUGGAGUUCUCUAAGGCAUUGUUUUCGAAGGGAAAUUACGAUACAGAAAAAGGCUUCAUGUGGAGGUGCAAAAAAAAGAAAGUACAUCUAUUUUGAUUCUCUAUUAUUUUUACUGCCUUUUACAGAAGCCGUAAAAAAUGACAGAUCAAUUAGUAUGGAUGAAAGUAAUGAGAAUAUUUUAGAAAACCAAACAGAUAUGAAUGUACAAAGUUAUUAUUCAGAAAGUGAGCCAAGCUCUUCAAAAUCUAGAACGUCAAAAAAUUGUAACGAGGACGUACAAGUAAUAACUUUACUUAAAGAGGGAAAUCAAAUGAUGCGUGAUUAUAAGACAUACGAUGAUGGACAAGAUGAAGACGAGUCAUUUUUUCGUUCGCUUAUGCCACAUAUGAGAGAACUUACAGGAGAUCAAAAAUUGUUAUUAAGGAUGGAAAUUAUAAAGUUAAUUUUAAAUGUUAAACAGUCGUCAAACAACUGUUCGAAGACUUCUGACAGUAAUGAUAAUUACAACACAUAGUAUUAAAAAUACAACAUUAACCGAUAUUUACUAAAUUAAUAGAAAAUCUUCAAUAAAUAUGUUAUCUUUUAACUUGGCAGUAUUUGAAAUAUUGCCACUUUAUCAUUAAAAAGGAAAUAUAAUAACAUGUAUAAAUAAAUAAUGAGAAUAUUGUAAAGAGUGAACAAUUUAUUUUAUUCUUACAAGUCCCCCUAAUUUUCCCUUAAUUUUCAUUCGACCGCAAGCAAAUCACUAACUCACGCUUUCCUCCCCUCGCCCUUUAUACGAGUACUU